AUGGCGGAAGGAAAAUCAGCUCCGCCGCAAGGGGAAGAGAGGGAACACGCGCAGGAGGGAGCGAACGUGCAGGGGGAAGCACGCGCACAGGGGAAAACCGGGGGAAAGGAGGAAGCUGGGGGAGCGGAACUGAUGGAAACCAGUGGUGCGCCGAAGCAGGGGCUGUCGCUCCUGCUGGCGUCAGCGGAGCUCAUCAGCCAAGGCGCGGAAGCGAGAGUGUUUGCAGCAACGUUCUGCGGGCGGCCAGCGAUACUGAAGCAGCGCUUUGAGAAGAAGUACCGCCACCCCACGCUGGACGCGCGACUCACCUCCAAGCGCCUGCACACGGAGGCGAGGAACAUGGUGAAAGCAGCAAAACUAGGAGUGGCGGUGCCGGUGCUGUACGGAGUGGAGGAGGGGGAGCGAUGCAUCCUGAUACAACGAGUGGCAGGCUGCAGCGUCAAAGACCUCUUCCUCUCCCUCGCCCACCACUCUCCCACUGCUGCCGCUGCUACUGCUGCUACCAAUACCAGCGCAGACCCACCUGUCAGUACAGGCACAGGAACAGGCACGGUUGCAGUAACAGGAACAAGUGAGGAUAGGGCGGAGAGCAAGGGGCUGCACCCGCGGGUGGCGGAGGUGGCGGCAUGGAUGGGCGAGGCGAUAGCAAAGCUGCAUGAUGGUGGCAUGGUGCACGGCGACCUCACCACCUCCAACAUGCUGCUCUCUCCUGUCUCUUCCACCGCCGCUGCUGCUGCACCGUCAACAGCAGCACCAGCGGGAGCUGCAGCAGCAGCAGCUGCAGGGGCAACGGGCGUGGCAGCUGGAGCAGCAGCAACUGCAGCGGGGGCAGUGGGGGCUGGGAGGGAGCGCGUGGUGGUGAUAGACUUUGGGCUGAGCUUCAACUCCACCAUUGCGGAGGACAAGGCCGUUGACCUCUACGUGCUAGAGCGGGCACUCAUCUCGUUGCACUCCAGCAAUGGGGAUAUCAUGUCGGCGGUUCUGACAUCGUAUCGCCACCAUUCACGCUUCUGGAGCGCCACACUGAACAAGCUGGGGCAAGUUCGACUACGAGGGAGGAAAAGAGCCAUGGUUGGCCGCUCUCGAAUCAUGCUAGGCCACGUGGCAGCACGACAGCGGGAGCUGUACCGCGCCGCGCAUCUCGCCGGACCAGCCGCUGCUGCCGCCGUUGCGCUGCUGCGACACACCCAGCUGCUCGCGUCGCCAUCCUUUUCCUCAUCGCUUAUCGCGCCGCGAGAUGCCGCUCCUCUCUCUCCAUCGUCGGGGCUGUCCGUUUUCAACGGACCGUACGCCGGUGCUGCCUCCUCCGCAUCACCCGCAGCUGCUCUUGUCGAAUCGAACGCGAUUAACGGCGCGAUCAGCGGCGCAAUCAAGGGCGCAUUUAACGGCGCAGCGAGCAGCCCGAUCGACGGGUCCCUUAGGAGGUUGUUUUCAAGCUUAGCUCCGAGGCGCGCUCUCUCUCCCACCAUCUCCCUCCACCAACCUACCUCCACGUCAUCAUCCACGUCAUUCUCGGCUCUGAUUGGUCCCAGCAAUCGCCCCUUUCACAGUAGCAUCCCCACCGCUCGCAACGGCUGGGGCUUCGGAUCUGAGGACACGUGGCAGAAUCUAGGAGCAUCUUCAGCCUCGCUGACCAAUUGGGGCGUGCGGAUCGUUCCUGAGAAAAGCGCCCACGUUAUAGAGCGGUUCGGGAAAUACUACAAGACCCUAGGAUCCGGCAUCCACCUCUUAAUUCCGUUGGUAGACCGAAUUGCGUACGUGCACUCGCUGAAAGAGGAGGCGAUCCCGAUUCCGAACCAGUCAGCAAUCACCAAGGAUAACGUCAGCAUUCAGAUCGACGGUGUUCUGUACGUCCGGAUCGUGGAUCCGGUGCAGGCAUCGUACGGUGUGGAGCGGCCGCUGUACGCAGUGGUGCAGCUGGCGCAGACAACCAUGCGCAGCGAGCUGGGGAAGAUCACCCUCGAUAACACUUUUGAAGAACGGGAUAUACUCAACACCAACAUUGUGAGGGCGAUCAAUGAGGCUGGGCAGGCAUGGGGCAUAGAGUGCCUUAGAUACGAGAUCCGUGACAUCUCGCCCCCGCCUGGAGUGCGAGCAGCCAUGGAGAUGCAGGCUGAGGCAGAGAGGCGGAGGCGUGCUCAAGUGCUCGAGUCAGAGGGUGACCGCCAGGCGAACAUAAACAUGGCAGAGGGGCGCAAGACGGCAGUUAUCCUCGAAUCAGAGGCCGCCAUGUCAGACCAGAUGAACCGUGCCAAGGGAGAGGCGGAGGCAAUAGUGGCAAGGGCGAGGGCAUCAGCGGAGGGCAUCGCAAUGCUCUCCAGAGCGCUUAUGGCUGAAGGCGCCACACAGGCCGCCAGCCUGCGAGUGGCAGAGCAAUACGUGGCAGCCCUAUCGAAUCUGGCCAAGCAGGGAACGACAGUGCUGCUGCCGAGCAACGUGGGUGAUCCAUCCUCCAUGGUGGCGCAAGCACUCGCUAUCUAUAAGACCGUGUCCGGCUCCCCUGCAGGUGUGACUGUACCGAGCGCCCCUACAGAUGUGACUGUAUCGGGAGAUGCUGUAACAGGUGCUGCAGCAGCAGCCGCUGGUGGGAGUGAGCCGAGGAAAGCUGGAAAUGUGGGGUCGCAGGGGGGGGAUAGAGAGGUGGGGGCUGGUAGAAGGACAAGUGGCAGCGAAGCGGUGAAUGGUGGUGGUGGUGGUUUUUCCAGUGGUGCUGAUGGUGGUGAUGGUGCUGGUGGGUCUGGUAGGAAGGGGACGGGCUUUUCAUUGCAAGCACCACGGAAGUGA